AUGAAGUUCCCCACCGCCCUCCUCGCGCUCGCCGCGCUCAUUCCCACAGCGCUCUCUCUCGUCGCCUUCCCCGGCGCCGAAGGCUUCGGCGCACUCUCCACCGGCGGCCGCGGCGGCCCCGUCUACGUCGUUACCAACCUCAACGAUAGCGGCACGGGCUCCCUCCGCGACGCAAUCAGUCUCUCCAACCGAACCAUCGUCUUCGCCGUCGGCGGCGUGAUCAACAUCAGCAGCCGCCUCGUAUUCCUCAGCCGGCAGACAAUCGCCGGGCAGACAGCGCCCGGCGGUGGUAUCACCGUCUACGGAGAUGGCGUGAGCUUCUCAAAUGCGGACCACGUGAUUGUGCGGUACAUCCGGUUCCGCAUGGGGAGCGGGGGCACCAGCGGGAAGGAUGCGGUGGGGAUUGCGGAGGGGCAUGAUAUGAUCUUUGACCAUGUGUCGGUGAGCUGGGGCCGCGAUGAGAAUUUCAGUAUUAGCGGGAACGAGGCAAUCAAUAUCACGAUCCAGAACUCGAUGAUCGCCAUGGGACUGCAGACCCAUUCGUGCGGUGGUUUGAUACAGACGGACGGUGGGGUGAGUAUCAUCAGGACGCUGUAUGUGGAUAACCACACCCGGAACCCGAAGGUGAAAGGUGUGAACGAGUUCAUCAACAAUGUCGUCUACAACUGGGGAGGCGGAGGCGGAUACAUCCUCGGUGAUUCCGACGGCGCAUCUUACGCAAACAUCAUCAACAACCUCUUCAUCUCCGGGCCAUCGACGACCAUUGCCCCGUUCACACGCGGAAACCUCAACUUCCACGUCUAUGCGGCCAACAACUACCAGGACCUCAACGCCGACGGUGUCCUCAACCCGACGCUCAUCCCAGAGAGCGAGUACACGACUGUCGACUUUGUGACCAGCAGAUACAACUACCCCACCGUCGCCACUGUGCUGACGCCCACCGCCGACCUCUUCAAUGCAAUUGUUGCGGGCGCGGGAGCGAGCAAGGUGCGCGACAGCGUGGACGAGCGGUACAUCACGGAGCUCAAAAGCUUGGGCACGUUGGGGCAGAUCCUGACGAAUGAGAACACCUCGCCGUUUUCGGGGGCCGGGACUGUUGCAGCGGGGACGGCGCCAGUGGAUACUGAUGGGGACGGCAUGCCCGAUGCGUGGGAAUCUGCGAAUGGCCUGAACCCGGCAAUCAAUGAUGCUGCUGGCUACAAGUUUGGGAAUGGAUACACGAAUAUCGAGAAUUAUAUCAAUUCGCUCGUGUAA